UACUCAACAACCAACGAUCGCCAUGGACUACCUGCUCAUCGUGUACGCCAUUGGCGCCCUCGCCGCGCUUGGCCUCUACAAACUCUUAUCGUUCAUAUGGAGUACAAGCACAUCGCCCCUCCGACACCUCCUUGGCCCACCAAACGAGAGCUUGCUUUGGGGAAAUAUGUUGACGAUACAGAAGGAAGACGACGCAGUGUGCCAGGACCGAUGGGUCCAGCAGUAUGGGCAUACGAUCGCCUACUAUGGUGUCUUCAGCGUGAGGCGCCUCUGGACAAUGGACACCCGUGCGCUGAACCACAUUAUGACGCACCAUACCAUCUACCAGCGUCCGUUGCCCGCCAGGUAUGGGCUGUCGCGCGUCGUCGGUCCCGGCGUACUCGUGACCGAAGGCGAGCAGCAUAAACACCAGCGCCGCGUGAUGAACCCCGCCUUUGGUCCCGCACAGGUCCGCGAUCUGACUGAGAUCUUCACAGACAAGUCGAACCAGCUGCGAGAUUGCUGGCUUGGGGAGAUAUCCAAGAACGGCGGCGCGUCUGCGCAGGUCAAUGCGCUCUCGUGGCUCGGCCACGCGACGCUGGACAUAAUCGGCCGCGCGGGCUUUGGGUACGACUUCGACGCGCUCAACCCGACAGGGGAGACUAACGAGCUGAGCGAGGCGUUCUCAACGAUCUUCACGGAACCCGAGCGAAAUCAGCGUUUCUUCGCAUUUCUGCAGUGGACUAUCCCUCUACUACGGCUUAUCAAAACAGAGAACGACCACAGGGCAGAACAGUCGCAGGCGACCAUGCGCCGGAUUGGUAUGCAGCUCAUCCGGGAGAAGAAGGCGGCAAUCAUGGCAGAGACCCUCGAGAAGGGCCGGGGCGUUGAACGCAAGGAUAUUAGAGAGCGCGACCUGCUCACGCUUCUCAUUCGCGCAAACAUGGCGACGGACAUCCCCGAGGACCAGCGACUGACCGACGACGAGGUCCUUGCGCAGGUGCCGACGUUCAUUGUCGCUGGCCACGAGACGACGAGCACGGCGGUGACAUGGGCGCUGUUCUCGCUUACCCAGCGGCCCGAUGUGCAGCGCAAGCUGCGCGACGAGUUGCUGCAGGUGGCCACGGACAGUCCGACGAUGGACGAGUUGAAUGCGCUGCCGUACCUGGACGCAGUUGUGCGCGAGACGAUGCGACAUCACUCGCCGGUAGCAUCGACGUCGCGCCAGGCGUUCGAGGACGACGUCAUCCCAGUGGACACGCCGUACACGGACAGGUACGGCCGGGUGCGCGAGCACAUCGAGAUCAAGAAGGGCGACCUCAUCUUCCUUCCCAUCCUGGCUCUGAACCGGCGCAAGGAGAUCUGGGGCGAGGAUGCGCAUGAAUUCAAGCCUGAGCGUUGGGAACGCAUCCCCGAGACGACAGCAAGUGUGCCUGGUGUGUGGGGCAAUCUGCUCACGUUCAUUGGCGGGCCGCGGGCGUGCAUCGGCUACCGGUUUUCUCUCGUUGAGACCAAGGCGCUGCUCUUCGCGCUUGUACGCGCUUUCGAGUUCGAGCUCGCCGUCCCGGUUGAGGAUAUCAAGAAGCGGAGCGGCAUCACGACGCGCCCCGUCAUCAUCGGGCUUGAUGGUAAGGCCAAAGGGUCGCUCCCGCUGAUUAUCCGGCCGUACAGAGCGUAGUGCACAGGAUUUGGGAUGCGGAAAACAGGCUAUCUGGGUGUAGCUAACGACAUUUAAUACCAGGCUCGUUACGAUAUUGAGAGUGCGACACAGGGAUUUUGUUGGUUAGAGGCGCAAAGUCAUAAUAAUGUAUUCGCGUGUAUCGGGCUGAGUUGACCCU